UAAUAUAAUUUAAUUAAUUUGAGAUUCGAGGGAUCAUAAUUAUGUAUUUCUAAUAGAGAUCGAUCGAGAGGAGGCAGCAAAGAAGAAGAAGAAGAAGAAGAAGAAGAUGAGUAUGAGUACUGCAGCGGGAAAAGAGAAAGAUAAAGAGAAGGUGGUGGUAUGUGUAACAGGUGCAUCUGGUUAUAUUGGUUCAUGGCUUGUUAAAACCUUACUUCAUCAUGGUUACACCGUUCAUGCCACGGUUCGUCACCUAAAUGAUCCAGAAAAGGUAGAGCAUCUGAUGAGAUUAGAGGGAGCAAAAGAGAGGCUUAAAUUAUUCAAAGCGGAUCUAAUUGAAGAAGGUUCCUUUGAUUCAGCAAUUUCUGGAUGUCAUGGUGUUUUCCAUACUGCUUCUCCUGUUAAUUUCAACGUCAAAGAUCCACAGGCUGAACUACUUGAUCCAGCAAUAAAGGGAACACUGAAUGUUCUGAAUUCAUGUAAAAGGGUUGCUUCUGUAACAAGAGUUGUAUUAACAUCCUCCACCGCGGCAGUUCUAUUCACUGGUGUACCUCUAGCGGCCGACGUGGUGGUUGAUGAAACUUGGUUUUCUAAACCACAAUUCUGGAACCUAUACCCUCACAUGAUGUGGUAUGUGAUGUCAAAAACUUUGGCUGAAGAAGCGGCGUGGAAGUUUGCUAAAGAGCAUGACCUUGACUUGAUCUCAGUGAACCCAAGCAUGGUCAUAGGUCCUAUGUUGCCUGCCAAGCUUAAUGAAACCGUAGCUCUAAUUCUCAAUUUGAUAAAUGGUGCACAAACAUAUCCAAACUUGUCAUUACCAUGGGUGCACAUCCAAGAUGUCGCGGAAGCUCACAUCCGUGCAUUUGAGGCCCCUUCGGCUAAUGGAAGGUAUUGCUUAGUCGAAAGUGUGGUGCAUUAUUCAGAGAUUGUCAAGUUGUUACACGAGCUCUAUCCUACUCUUCAACUUCCUAAUAAGUGUGUAGAUGAAGGACCAUCCAUGGAAACAUACCAAUUCUCCAAAGCUAAAGCUGAAAGCCUUCGCAUUCACUUUAUUCCUCUAAAAGACAGUAUUAAGGAUACGGUUGAAAACCUAAAAGAGAAGAAAUUAAUUAGUAUUCCUAAUUAAAUAAUGCUACUUUUUUUUUUUUUUUUUUUUUUUUGAGGGAAAUUAAAUAAUGCUACUUAAUUUGAACAUUUUGAAUAUUUUCAUUUAUAUUGUAACAUGUCUUUAAUAUUCAGUCAAAUAUCGUGCAAGUAAUUAUUUUAAUCAAUU